CCACUAACGGUAAUGUUCUUAGCCAAUCACAUACAUAUAAAUUAAACUUACUCCCAAAUCCGUCGUCACACUCAACUCUAUCUCUUUCUCUAAUGGAGUCGCAACAAUCGAAUCUUGAAACACCUCUCAAAAUCCAACCCGACCACCAAGAAAUCACUACUUUGAACCCUCUAUCGCCACCACAACCGCUCCCGGAAUCCUGCCGGAAUCAUGAUUCUCCUCCUCCUCGAGCAUCAACCAACGAGCCAAUGAAGAAAAUCGGAACUCCGGAUCGUUUAAGAGUCCCUAUAGCUUUCAAGCACCCAGAGAGGUACAGAAGCCCAACUGAUGCAAUGAUGUCUCCAGUUACUAAAGGUCUUCUCGCAAGGACCAGAAAAGCUUCUGGUUCUCUUAUUCCACCCAGCUUUAACCAAACCAAGAUUCAAGAACUACGCAAACCGGAAUCCGGUUUAUCAUCUCUCAGUUGCUGAAGAAGACAUUCUGAAUUUGUGGCUUGAACCAAAUAAUUUUUUGCAUGUAUUCUUGGAUAAUGUAUUUCUCGCCUAUAAUAAAAGAAAUUGAUUAAU